CAGCACUAUUGGGUUACUGAAAUCGUAGAAGUUUAGUAACGAUUAUAUUAUUAUAUAAUAAGUUUGUUGGCAACAAAUUAUUAAAUAUUUCUUCCUGUGUCUUUAAUUUUGCUUAGUUGAUUUCGCACAUCAGAAUCAAUUCAAUUUGUCGUCAAGCAAAAAUAUUGACAUAACAGACCUCUAACAUUUUAACGUCAAUUCGAUAAAUUUAGUUCACUUUUUACUUGGAUUAUUUCGUUACCUCAAAAUGAAGGCGUCUGAAAAUAGAGUAGAAUGGAUGAAAAUGGGACAAAUAACUCAAGUUACAUUUAUAAUGAAACACGUUUUACUAUACGCAGAAGGUUGUUGCAUAGGAUUCUUUAACACAAUUACAAAGGAAAAAACAUACAUGUCACUAACACAUCACAAUAAAAAAGGUGACGGCGUGAAGUGCAUUGCAGGGCAUAAACGACAAGGAAUCUUUGCAUAUUCUGAGGCCUGUUCGUAUCCCUACAUUCACGUAUACACUUAUCCUGGAUUAGCAAAAGUUUCCACCAUCAACGAUGAACAAAUGCACGGACACGUAAAACUGGAGUUCACUUAUUCGUCGAUGCUAAUAUGUUUGGGGAACGCCCCCAACUUCACAUUAUCCAUAUACAAUAUUUACACAGGGGCGAAGAAUUUUCAGGAAAAUUCCCAAAUACGUGUUCAAACACAAAUCAUAAGAUGUAGCCUACAAAGACCGGAGUACAUGGUACAAUUGGCCACCGGGACAACAAAAAUACAACUUUGGGAUUUGUUCAAUGUAUGCAAUAACUUUCUUGUAACGCCACACGCCGUAACGUUCCAAGGUAAUGAGUCGCAUCCUCUCAGUUCGGCGGUUUGGUCCCCUGAUAACAAUUUGUAUGUGCUUGACAUAUACGCCAAUGUGUAUCAGGUCAACCACAAUUAUAAAAUGGUAAAAAUAAUUGAUGGAGGUGGCAGAUCACCUGUUAAAUAUCCAUGUAUACAUUGGCUUGGAGGAAUCCUGAUGGGAGUCAAUAAUCGCAUUAUUAGAUAUUCGCAGGUUAAAGGUAAAUGGAAAGAAUCCUGGGAGCAUCAGUUUGUGCGACCAUUCAUAACGAUGAGGACCAACUAUGCGAACAUAAUGGUCUAUGUGGACGGUACAGGAGUUCUGUAUAAAUUCAACGAAAACGGUCAAGAGUCUAAACUGCAUUUUGACGAGCCGUGUCUCUUCACCCACAUUGGUUUGAUAUAUCCCAUGGGGCAGUACUGCGUGGCCAUGGGCAAUAUCGACAAGCUCUACGUAUUCAAAAUCGACAAGGGAGACGUGGUGACCACUUACACAGUAAAAGACGGUUUCAGUUCCUUCGCAGAGAAUCCUGAAUUUCCUUACGUGGCUGUAGGUUAUCAGGACGGUUAUCUGGAAUUAAUAUCGCUGUAUCACCCCGACAAUCCCACACAUAUGACGGGUUUUCAACUGUCCAGAAAUAAAAUCACGCACAUCUAUUUCUGCACAUACGGAAAAGUGUUCGUAACGGGAAAUUUGGAUAUCGGUGAGUUCUUUAUACUGGAAGGUUUUCCAGGGGGUACGAUAAAAGUCAUCACAAGCGUACAAGCACGCCAACAAAUAGUGGAUUUCAUGUUGGUCCCUUCCAAAAACUGCUACAGACUAUUCGUCGUACCGGUCACCACAAAGACACAAUUGAGCGGUCACAAGUUUGUACGGUUCUGCGUUCUGGGCAAAGACAAAGUGAGCAGAAAGGAAUAUAUGACUAAGAAUAAAACAAUGUAUCAUCAAAUCAGCGCCACAAACAAACCCAACAGGGACAGAGUGUUUUUGGCAGUUCCUAAAGGGUCGAAAGUUAUACAUCAGAUUGAAACGAGGCGAGGCUCUUCAGAAGCUACAGUAAUAGCAAUCAUACAAACAGGUCACUUAUUAUCCCAUUUUAAUUUCCAACUAACGAAAGCGCAUGCUGUAACAUGUGGUUGUGACGGUUUGGCGAUUGUAAGGGACAACAAUUUUAAGAAGCAAGUGGGUAUAAGCAUGGUUCAUCACAGAAGAUAUUUGGGUGUGGUCGCAGCUCUUGUAGAUCCAUUGGAGCAGUACAUUAUAACAUUGGGUAGAGAAAACGUGCUUGCUUGUACGAAACUGAUGCAGAGUGAGUUGAGUGCUUCUAAAAAAGCUAAUCUCGUGGAUCUGAUGAAGUCGUCGGUUUUCGAGAGAAUAUUCAAUAAAAAGACCAAAGGAUUUAUGCCAAAAGGUGAAUUGGCUGGAAAGUCCUGGUUGGAAUAUCAGGAUAUAAUGCAAACACAAGAAGAUAUAUUAGUAUGUAGAUUUGAUAGAGAAAUGUUAUUGAAAGAUUUAAACGAGACCAAGGCCACAAUACAAAAUUUAAUCACUUUAAAUUUGGAAGGACCUGAAAAUCAAAUGUUGGAACUCACCGAAUUCAAUUUAAAUUUGAACGCCUAUAAAGAAUUGUGUAAAAAGACCGACGACGAGUGCGAAUACUUGAACAAGUAUUAUAGGAAACUGAUCGUUGAACAGGAUAAAGUGUUCAAUUAUAUUAAAACAAACUUCUACGAUAUAAUGAUGGUACCCGAAAGACAACUCUACGCUUUGUUUCAGAAUCAUUGCGUCGCUAAUUAUUCUCUUCCUCUCCCAAAUAUUGAACAGCUUGAACGAAUCGAAAAUAUUGAAGAAUACGAGAAGUUAGAAAGUUUAUGUGCACCUACAGACAGAUUUUAUCCUUGGAACAGAUAUACUAAAAGUCAAUUGGAUUUAUUGAAAUUGGAAAAACCGAAAAUAGACGAAGGUAAAAUUGAUUUAUUCGACACCACCAAAGAAACCCCUGUUUCUUUUGACACCAUAUUGUUUAUCGAUGGAACAAUGACAAAGAUGUACAUCGAAAAAUUCACAACAACCCAAGAAAAUACCAAUCUUUUCGUGCAAAUCCAUCAACAAAACGAAACCAUGAUGCAAACAAUAUUCCGACUGAAAGAAAUUUUCAAUAAAGAAUUCAAUAGCUUAAUGGAAAUAAAAGAAAGGGAAAUGUACAAUUUGAGGGAAAGAAACGCUCGUCAGAAAAAAAUCAUCUCCGAAAACAACUACUUCUCCGAAACGAAAAUACACGUGGACAUAAACGAUCCAGAAUGGGUUAUCGAGGAAAAUCCGCCGUUGAUCCUGGAAGUGUUGCCGAACGAAAUGUCAAUCACUCCGUACAUUUCGCCCAGCGAACAAGCGAUAUUAGACGCAAAAGCUGCCGAGGACGAACGGAUACGGUUGAUGUUGCUGGCUGACGACUUCAAAGAACGAGCCCUGAUGGCAAUGAUGAAUGGCGUGUUGGAGAUACGGUGGGAGGAUGAACUGAAGAAGAACGUGCCGCUGCCAAAAUGCAUGAUUGAGAAGGAUCCGAUGAAUUUCGAUGAAGAUGACCUAAGGGCGGUUAAAGAUUAUGAGGAGAAAGUGGCGUUUUUGAGAAGCGAACGGGAGAGAUACAAAGGAAUGUUGGAUAAGGAAUUUACGAAAAACUGUAACAACAUUAAAGAUGCGAUUAGGAAGUUUAAUAUUAAAGUGACAGAUUUGAAUACUUUGAAAAUGAAAAUUGAGUCUGCCAUUAUUCAAGAACAAACCUUACAAAAUACAAGAAGGAUUUGGCAAUUAGAGACGGUCAAUUUAUAUAAGAGACAAAAUGAUAUAUUAAAUGAAAUAUCUGCUACUGAAGAGAAGAUAGCAAAAAUUUCUGUUUUAUUGCGAGCAGCUGAAGAAACUGUAAAAGAAUAUAAAGUUAAGACUGAUGCAUAUUUGAUCAAAGAUAAAAUUAUUGAAAAGAAUUUUAAAAGGGACAUCUCAGAAUUUUCACCAAUGAUCCAAGAAAUUGCUAUUAAAAUUUACAAAAAAAGACCGAAGGCUUCGUACCGCCAAAUCACUAGUUCUACAAUUCUGAACGACUUGAGCAAAGGCGUUAUUACUGGCGAAAGAUACAUCACAUUGAACACGGAAGCAAUUGAAUUCUUAAACUCUCUAGACCAAUUAGAUAAUGCGUCCGGCUUACCGCCCAACAUGGACGAGCACACAUACGCGAUCAUUGUCAAGAACCGCAGAAGCAAAAUCGAAAUGGAAAUAAAAAUGCGCUCCAUAAAUUUGGAGAUAACUUACGCAGAAAAUUUAAUACAAAUAAUAUCGAAACGAUUGACUAACAAAAAAGAUAACUUGACUGAACUUAACAACGAACUGUUGUCGGUGCGUCAGCAAACGCAACGCCACUCUUACAAUAUUGUCGUGCAGAUGGUUUUGAGGAGUGGAUUCAUGGAAAUGCCGUUGACUGGUCAUGUUGAUGACUUUGACAACGCCUUACUAAUUCCCAGAGAGGAAAUUUUAAACAUUAAUGCUCUUAUUAGGGAAGCGGGUGAUAUUAAGUUGAAAACAAUGACGAAGAACAUGGCCUUCCAUCGAAAAGUUAUGAGUUUUGAAUGGCGUCAUGUUAAAAUGAGAAUGAUUUUGAACGACUUAUGCGAACAAUUAUGCGACGUACUCGAUGUCAAGUUGACGAGAGACGUGAUGAAGUACCUGAAGCAGAAGAAAAAGGGCAACGUGAAGCUGAACACGAUAGAAAUGGAAAUGGACCUACAACGAAGGUCAUUUAUGAUGCAACUGCGAGAUUUGCACAAGGAAGUGGCCGCAAUGAAAACCCAAAUUCAAUCAGUGGUUGCACAAAACGAAUCCCUCGAUAAUGAGAUUAACGCGACAAAUAUCGCCAUCAACACAAUCAAAACACAAAUUAAUCCUCAAAUAACCAAAGAAUAUAAGGCAAUUGAAAAGACCAGGACGAAACGAAUUUUGAGCAGAAGCCAACUAAUGCAAAAAAUGCAGGACAAUCAUAACGAGAUACUGAUGUUACAAACGGAAUUGGAAUUGCUCCGAUUGAAAACUUAUCCGACUUUCCAAUACAAAGAACUAAACAUAAAAUAAUUACUGAUAUAUUGACUUUUUUUAUAAAUCUUUAUUAAAUAUUUAUAUUAUAUUUUUUUCCAAA